AAAAAAAAUAGUGAGAAUUAGUGAAAAUGGUGGCGUUAGUGUUUUGUCUAUUGAAACACUCAAUAGCGUUGUUGCUUCUAAGCAUGUGUCUCGCGAUGCUGGUCCGGGAUUCGAACGCGCGUCCCCCCGGAAACCAGGCGACUGGCAUCUUCUCCGAGUCCGCUCAGUGUAAAACAGACGACGAGCUCGUGGACUUAUGCCAGCGCUGCGCGAAGCUCACCAAAGUGAAGGACGCCUACAAGACCUGCUGCUCGGCAGACCUGAACGCCAGGAAGUGGUGCUAUGACUACGUCUACUUCGGAAGGGAAUGAAUAAAUGCCGAAGGAGGAAGCAUGACUAAUUGUGGCUGGAAAAUUACUACGGAAGACACAAACGAAUCA